AUGCCCCCCAAAUCUGGCAAGAAGGUCGCCCCCGCCCCUUUCCCUCAGGGAAAGGCUGGCUCCAAGAAGGCUCCCAAGAACCCUCUCAUCGAGCGCCGCCCCCGCAACUUCGGUAUCGGCCAGGACAUCCAGCCCAAGCGUAACCUGUCCCGCAUGGUUAAGUGGCCCGAGUACGUUCGCCUUCAGCGCCAGAAGAAGAUUCUUCAGAUGCGCGUCAAGGUCCCCCCUGCCAUCGCCCAGUUCUCCCACGUCCUCGACAAGAACACCGCUGCUCAGGCUUUCAAGCUCCUGAACAAGUACCGCCCCGAGACCAAGGCCGAGAAGAAGGAGCGCCUCCUCCAGGAGGCCACCGCCGUCAAGGAGGGCAAGAAGAAGGAGGAUGUCUCCAAGAAGCCCUACACCGUCAAGUACGGUCUCAACCACGUUGUCGGCCUCAUUGAGAACAAGAAGGCCUCCCUCGUCCUGAUCCCCAACGACGUCGACCCCAUCGAGCUCGUCGUCUUCCUCCCCUCUCUCUGCAAGAAGAUGGGUGUCCCCUACGCCGUUGUCAAGGGCAAGGCCCGUCUCGGCACGGUCGUCCACAAGAAGACCGCCGCUGUCCUCGCUUUCACCGAGGUCCGCUCCGAGGACAAGACUGAGCUCUCCAAGCUCGUCUCCACCAUCAAGGAUGGCUUCAUGGACAAGCACGACGGUGCCCGCAAGCAGUGGGGUGGUGGUAUCAUGGGCGCCAAGGCCCAGAUGCGCACCCUGAAGAAGCAGAAGGCUCUCGAGGCUGCUACCAAGAUUUAA